UGUAAAUGUCCCUCAGUAUGUGUUAUUUAUUUAUUUAGUUGUUUGUUUGUUUGUUUGUAUGUAUGUAAUUCCUCUCUCAGUCAGUCAGUCAGAAAUGGAGCUCGACAAACUUUGAGACUCAAGGAACGGAGCACUUCAAUAACUACAUCCCCGAUCGUCGUUCACAGCUUGCAUCAGUAUGAAGAUCCAUUUUUUACUGUGGCUUUUCCUAUUAUUUGUGAAUGGUGUGCCUGGUGCUAAGACAGAUGUUGUGCAGUCUGUAUCAGUGAUUGUGGGAGAUUCUGUCACUCUACAUACAGAUGUUAAUCAAAUACAGAGAGAUGAUGUGUUACAGUGGAGGUUUGGAGAAGAUCUCAUUGCUAGAAUCACUAGUGAGUCCGGUAAGAUCACAAUACUUGUUACUGCUAAUGAGAAAUUCAAAGACAGACUUAAGCUGGAUGAUCAGACUGGAAAUCUCAAGAUCAGAAACAUCAAAACCACAGACUCUGGACUUUAUAAAAUUGAGACCACCGGCACCAGUGGGUUAUCAUCAAAGACAUUCGAUGUCAGUGGUGUGACUGAUACGGUCUCAGAUGGAGUAAAGGUUGUGUCCGUGAUGGAAAGAGAUUCUGUCGUUCUGAACACCGGUGUUACUAAAAUACAGAGAGAUGAUCAGAUAACCUGGAGGUUUAUAGAAAAAGACACACUUGUAGCUAAAAUAAAUACAACAGCUGGAAUAUUCUCUACAUAUGAUCACAUUCUUGAUGGGAGAUUCAAAGACAAACUGCAACUGAACCAUCAGACUGGAUCUCUGACCAUUAUUAACGUCAGGCCCAACACCUCUGGACAUUAUGAAGUGAAUAUCACCAUGAGCGGCAGCAGUUACACCACACACAAGACAUUUGGUGUGAUUGCAAUUGAUGGAGAGAAUAUGCUGUCAGUGAUGGAGGGAAAGGUUGUCACUCUACGCACCAAUCUUACUGAAAUACAGAGAGAUGACAUCUUACUGUGGAGGUUUGAACAUGGAGACUCUGUCAUAGCAAAAAUCAACCCAAAGGAUAAAAUCUUCUCCAUAUUUGAUGGUGCUGAUGGAAUAUUCAAAGACAGACUGGAGCUGGACCAUCAGACUGGAUCUCUGACCAUCACAAACACCAGAACUGAAGACACUGGAUUUUAUCAUCUUGAUAUCACUAGCAGCAGACGGACCAUAUUAAAGAGAAUCAUUCUUUCUGUCUUUCAUUCAGGUCUGUCUUCAGCUGCUGCAACAGGAAUAAGUGUUAGUGUUGUUGUUGGUGUUGUUCUGCUGGCCAUUAUUGCAGCUUUGGUUUACUGUUACCGCAAGGCUUUCAACUAUCGACCAGCAAAUGAAACUGGAUAUUAAGGACACAGACAAAUCUAAUAAUCAGACAUUGAUGGAGAGCGAUGAAGUGGAGAAGAAAGAAUGAUCAGAAAGUGACUCAAGUUUUGAUUUAAUGAUGAUGUCAUGAAUUACUCCUCUGGAAUACAGCUGGAAUCUCUUGUUUCAUGUGCUUUAUACCUUUUCUUCCAUUUUCUUAAUUUUUAAGUCUUGCAAAUAUCCAAAAAAGGGAAACACAGUAGAGAAAUUAACUUGGUUUUAUGCCAAAAUGAUAGAAAUAUUUGUAAAAUUAAUGAUCAAGCAUUGACAUUUUGUUCAGGACUCAUAAAUUUCGACCUGGCUUUUUAUACUGUGUCUAUUGGAGCAACAUUGUAUUCAUAUACAUGCAUUUGUGUAUACCUAACAAAAUUUGUGGCAUUUGGUUACAAAUUCUGCUAGUCAGCUUUUUUUAAACUUAUCAGCAAGGUAAAAUAACGAAGCUAACAUGGUUUUGUUAGGUUUUGGCAAAAUUGUUAGAAUGACUUGUGAUAGUCCUGGUAGAAUCAAAAAGAAUGGGUUGAAAAUUACCAAUCAAUAAUGUUUUGACAUGCAUUGAAAAUGUGUUUAUGAAUUUUUGUGUUCGUAAGUUUUCUUUAUAAUUGUAAUAACUGUAUAAUUUCCAGCUUGUUUAUAUUAGUAUUAUAUUUUUAUUUAGUAUUAUAUUAAACCUAAUUUAUAUCAAUAUUGUCACUGUUUCUCCUAUCUAUUACAUUUUCUGUUUUCUAGGAUUUUCUGUUUCCAUUUUUCUCUGUGUUCACUUCCUAUGUUUAGUUCCUGUUGUUGUUUUUAUAGUUUCUAUAGUUUGCUAUAUGGUUAUUGAUUACUCGCACCUGUGUCUUGUUAGCCUGUUAUUAUCCUGUGUGUAUAUAACCCUGUAUUUCAAAAGUCUGUUGUUGGUUGUUGUCUUUACAUGUGUUUUGUAAAGCUUUUGUGUUCUUGCUUCCUGUUUAGAUUUAUGUUUCUCUUGUUGGAUUAUCUUAUUGUUGUCCUCAUCUCCACCUGUAUUAAUAAACUGCUGC